CUUUGCUCUGAAAGGGGAAUCUGAGUUCUCUGGAGUAUCUAGUCUCCUCCACAUUCUAAUGAGCUAUCCUGCAUGAUUGGCAGGACAGGCCAGGGUAUGCCUAUGUAUAUAAAGCAGAGUGAUCAACGGACUCCUAUCCAGCAUCCCUCUGGCUAUAGCAGGUCACUAUCUUUACCAUGGAAAAUAAACGCGUCUUCUUUAACAUUACAGCUGAUGAAAUCCCUCUCGGCCAGGUGGUUAUGGAGCUCCGGUUUGAUGUUGUCCCCAAGACUGCAGAGAACUUUCUCAAGCUGUGUACAGGAGAGGUUGGCUACGGAUACAAGGGUUGCACUUUCCAUCGUAUAAUCCCCAGUUUCAUGUGUCAGGGAGGCGAUUUUACAAAUCACAAUGGCACUGGAGGUAAAUCCAUAUUUGGUGGUAAGUUCGAAGAUGAAAAUUUUAUCCUGAAGCAUAGUACGCCCGGAGUCCUCUCCAUGGCUAACGCCGGACCCAACAGCAACGGCUCACAGUUCUUUAUCUCAACCAUCAAGGCUGACUGGUUGAACGGGAAACACGUGGUGUUCGGCAGUGUGGUAGAAGGAAUGGAAGUAAUAAAAAAGAUGGAAAGUUAUGGUUCCAACAGUGGAAAAACCAGCAAGAAGAUUGUUAUUGACGAUUGUGGAGUUCUAGAUGAAACACCUAGUGCUUGAUGACUUUUUCCAACACACUUACAGCCUGACCAUAAUCAAGCUAUUAUCUGACCAUGUCAAGUAAAUUGUAAGUCAUCAACAUAACCCAAAGUGAUUGCAUUAUGUUCAAUCACUGCAUUCUUAACAGCUCCCGCAGUAUUCUGGCAUUUCCUGAGUAAUAAUGUCAUAAAGCAAAGCAUUGCUCACACCCAAACCAGCUGCUUAUAAAAACCACCAAUCAAAUUUGUGAUCAUGUUUACUUUGUGGUCAGUACAAAGUAGGUGAUCAUGUGUCUAGCUCCAUCUACUUAAUGACAGCUUCAUCAGAUCACAAACCAAGCAACAUACUUUAUAUUCUCUGCAAAAAAAAAAAAAAGGUUUGUUAUUGUCCUCAAAUUAUUAUUAUUUGUAUUUAAUCUUAUUAUUAAGGAAAGAGACACUGGAUAUUUUCAGGAUCUCUACACAUGAACAAAGACGAUUCUUGUACUUCCACUGUUGAGGGUUCCCAAAAAUGAAAACACUAGUAAUCUGCUAUUAAAGUGCACACUUGUGAUUUCAUAUAAACAUUAUGAGGCCUCAUUUUCCUGUAUAUUUAUUUAUUUGUGUAGAAAUUAGACUUUGUCCUUUGUGCAUGAAAAUCUACAUUCUGAAAAAAAAAUAUGUCUCGUACCUGUUGUCUAAAUAACUAACCACUCCAAUUUCCUAACAGAGUUUAAAUUUAAUGCACUGGGAUUAAGAUGCAAAGUUUAGGAGUGCCCAGCUGCCACAGCUCAGAUCUAAAAUGAAAACAUAUUUUCCGUUAAUUCCUCCAUUGCCUUCUUUUAGUCAUUGCGAUUAAAAUGGCAUUAUACAUGGGAGCCUUGACCUUCCUUAUAUAAUGAAUCAUUUGUAUUGGAUGUAUACCUAACAAAGCACUGAUUAAAUCUCCCCAUUAUACACUGCCUCGAUUAUUUGCUAAAGCAAGUUGGUAUUUCAAUUCUUAGGCCUAGAAACAAAUUUCAGCUAUGUUUUCUAUAUUAUAUAUUUUGUCCCAAAAUUUGAAAUUCACUUGCUUCAUAUUGCAAUACUUGCUUUAUCUUGUAGACGUCAGUUUAGGUGAAAUGCUAAGUAUAACCCCCAUUCUAAAGGUUCACGUUGGGCAAUUAGUAUUGGAAACUGUGGAGUUACAACAGCUGGAAAGUCAAACUCUACUCUGGUCUGCAGAUUGUAAGCUCCUUUGAGCAGGGAGGGUGCCUACCUUAUUUUUGUACGGUUCUGUAUGUUUACAUUUUGUAUUUGUUAAGCCUCAGUAAAUACUCUCACCUCUGUACUGAGCUGCUAAUUAUGUUGAUGCUUUAUGAAUAAAAAAUAAUUAUACAUGU